AUGAUUGAACCUGAGCCAAUUCAGCCAGACCCGAUUAUUCCUGAUACACAGGUCACUGAAAAGGAAGUCAUUCCUUCGAAGACUGGUGUAUUCACACGAAUUAAGAUGAAGUCAAAGGGUAAGAGAAGAUCAUUAGCUACGACUGUUCGUAAAACACAAGUAUCUCAUCAAGGGGUCAUUUUUCGGGAAAUUCCUGCCCUUGUGUCUCCAUCAUCAAAGAAGAGAAUGGCUACUGACAUGGCUAAGCAUAUUUCUAAGAAGAAGCAGCGUAAGUUAGUUCUCUCUUCUGAUUCUACAACUGAUGAGGUAGACGUUAUUCCAGAGACUCCAGAAACAGUUCUUCUCAAAGAAUCUUCUAAAGCUGAUACUUCUGUGACUCAACCACCCAAAGUUUCGAUUGCCAAAGACAGUUACUGUGGAGGCUCGAAGUUUAGACAUCACUGUAAACAUAUCUGA